GGCCCGGGAGCAAGCUGUGCAAGGCCCGCUACGUGCCGCCGCUGAAGUGGCUCCUCACGCACCACCCAAACAUGUUCCUCAACGCGCCGGCGCAUCAGCCACCCAGCGACCUCCAGGUUGCCUCCCCCACGGAGCCGUGCGUCUCCUGCGGCCACCUCCCCUACCAGGGCUGGGGCUUCUGCGGCUGCGACCUCUGCUCCAGCGCGGACGCGGCGCUGGGCGCGGGCCUGGCGCGCGCGAGGGCGAGAGGCCCGGGGCUGACCACGCUCGACAGGUUCCUGUUGCUCGGCGUGCAGGGCAACGGCAAGGGCGUGCUCGAAGAGGCCGGCGAGAAGGACCCGGUGUUGUGA